CACAUAGCUGCUAUAUUCCAGCCGCUUAAUUUCCAUAAUCUUUCCCGUGCAUAAUUCCACAACGAAGCUCCCAAGAAAAGUGUCUCAACUCUCAACUAGAUCGUCUCCCCCAUCUUCCCCAAAUUGACUGCUGCAUAUAAAUAUAAAUAUACAUCAGUCCAACUCCAGCUUCAUGUUACCAAACUCGCAAAGCUAUGAAGCACAAUAAUCAACCAGUAAUGGAGAUCACGGUGAUAUCAGCUCAGGGCCUCAAGAACUCCUCUCACUUCUCCCAGAAGAUUAGACCGUUCAUCACCCUCACCACUUCUCCACCGGCUGCCACACCGUGCCGACCCUCCGGCAACGAGGAAGUCCAAGUGUACAAAACGAGGGUAGACGAUGAAGGAGGAAUCAACCCAACAUGGGGCGACAAGUUCAUGGUUCCUCUAGACGCUUGUUUCUUGAGCAACAGGUAUUCUUGCAUACAUCUCCAGCUCCACACUAAGCGGCUCAUAAUGGGCCGGGUGCAGCUCGGCUGGUGUCAAAUCCCGGCCUAUGAUAUUGUCGGGUUCCCGUCGACGGGAUCAGUCCGGUACCUGAGUUACCGGCUACGGGCUAGGGACGGUACGAGGACUAAUGGGGUCGUGAACGUUGCUAUUAAGUUGGAGAAUUUGGCGCCAGUGAGCAGUCAGAGGGUGGAGUCAAUUAACUCGAUCUCACCGACAUUUGACACGUGCGGUACUGUUAUUGGUACUCCGGUGGCACAGCUGCCACCUUUGGCCGGUGAAUGCUCGGUUACAUGUCCGGGGCAGAUUUUUGGUUUUGGUUGUAAAGAGGGAAAUAGAUGGAACCAUGUGUAAAUGGCAUUUUGGUUCAAUUUCUUUGCAAUUGAGAUGUGUCUAG